CACUUCUAUGCUCUGGAGGAGACGUGGCACCCGGACCUGGGGGAGCCCUUCGGGGUGAUGCGCUGCGUUAUCUGUCACUGCGAGCCGAGGAACCACCGGGGGAAGCCCGUGGGGAAAGUGAACUGCAAGAACAUGAAGCAGGACUGCCCCGUGCCUGCCUGUCCCCGGGCCACACUGCUGCCUGGACACUGCUGCCACACCUGCCCCAAAGGCCCCCCAGAGAAGAGCCCUGCACUCCGCUUUGACACCUUCGAGUACUUCCAGGACAAGGAGGAUGACUUGGACAAGCCCUACAACGACCGCUCCUACCUCAGCUCUGAGGGCCUGGCUCGCGAUGAUGCCCGCACAGAGUUCAUGGCCUUGCUGACGAGUGGCCCAGAGCCAUGGCACCCCACAUCCAGCGCCGUGGCCAAGGCUCGCUUCACCCUGCUGCGCUCCUCCCUGCUCUUCUCCAUCAGCUACGAGCGGCUGGGGCGGCCGAGCCGGGUGCGUUUCAGUGACCCCGAGGGUAACGUGCUGUUUGAACACCCCGUGCAGAAGAGCGCUGCCCCCGAGGACGGCAUGCUCUGCGGAAUGUGGAGGACGGUGUCCAAAGCCAACGUCCAGCUGCUGCGGGGAGAACAACUCCGUGUGUCCCUCGUCACCCGGGCACAGCCCUCUGGAGAGGUCCACGGGCACAUCCUCAAGCACCGGGCACUGUUCGCAGAGACAUUCGGUGCCAUCCUGACCUCGUCGGACCCCUUGCACCUGGGUGCUGGGGGCAUGGCCAUGCUGACACUGAGCGACACCGAGAACAACCUGCACUUCAUCCUCAUGGCCCGGGGGCUGCUGGAGCCUGGAGCAAGGGAAUCCCCGUGGGUCCCACUGAGGGUCCGCAUCCUGCACCAGGGCCAGACGCUACGGGAGGUCCACGCCAACAUCACCGUGGAGGACCCUGACUUUGCAGAGGUGCUGAAUGAUCUGUCUGCCCAGGAGCUGCAGUGGCUGGUGCAGGGGCAGCUCCGCAUCGUGGCUGAGACGGAGGGCCGGCACGCACGGCGGCUGGCUGGCACCAUCAGCACCCGCCGCAGCUGUGACACCAUCCAAAGUGUGCUAUGCGGAGCAGACGCUUUGCAGCCGACCAAGACCGGGGCUGUGGGCUCAGCCAAACUGGCACUGCAUGAGAAUGGUACCCUGGAGUACCAGGUGCAGGUGGUGGGCACUGCCAGCGAGGUGGUGGGCAUCACACUGGAGACCAAACCCCGGCGGAAAAGCAAGAGGAACGUCCUGUUUGACAUGACAGCCAGCUACAAGGAUGGGCUGGCCUGGGGUGCCUGGCAGAGCCCCAGCGCCCGCGACGCCCACAUGCUUCUACAAAAUGAGCUCUUCCUCAACGUGGCCACCAAAGACUGGGCAGAGGGUGAGCUGCGGGGUCAGAUCAUCUCCCUGCCCUACAGUGGACUGCUGGCCCGCUACACAGAGAUGCCCGUGGCGCUGGCAGGGCAGCUGGUGUCCCCCCCAGUGCACAGUGGUGCCGGGGGGCAUGCCUGGCUCUCGCUGGAUGAGCACUGCCACCUGCACUACGAGAUCUCGGUGGCGGGGCUGGGACGCCCAAGCGACGGCACCGUCAGUGCCCACAUCCAUGGGGUGGCCGAGCUGGGGGAGAUGGGCACCCGCCCCCACCAGCACAAGCGCCUGCUGAAAGGCUUCUACAGCACUGAGGCUCAGGGGGUGGUGAAGGACCUGGAUGCCGACCUGCUGCAACACCUGGCACAGGGCACUGCUUUCCUGCAAGUCAGCACCAAAGCACACCCCAGUGGGGAGAUGCGGGGCCGGGUGCACAUUCCCAACCACUGCCAUGCAGGAGGGACCCGCCUGGCCCCAGGGGAGGCCCUGGGGCAGGCUGAGCUCUCUGAAAGCAGCAAGACCAGGGACCUGGAGCAGCUGAAGAAGGACCCCAACUCCUGCUUCUUUGAGGGUCAGUACCGGGCACAUGGCACCCGCUGGGCACCUGACUAUGACAAGAAGUGCUCCAUCUGCAGCUGCCAGAAGCGCACAGUGAUCUGCGACCCCAUCUUGUGCCAGCCCCUCAACUGUACCCAGCAGGUGCACCCCGAAGAGCUGUGCUGCCCCAUCUGUGAAGAGAAGAAGACAGAGCAGGAAGAGCUGAAGCUGGAGCGGGCACGGGACAGUAGCGAGGGCUGCUACUUUGAUGGUGACAAGACAUGGCGAGGCUCUGGCACUCGCUGGCACCCUGUCGUGCCCCCGUUUGGCCUCAUCAAAUGUGCCAUUUGUACCUGCAAGGGCACCACAGGUGAAGUGCACUGCGAGAAGGUGCAGUGCCCACGGCUCACCUGUGCCAACCCCGUGCGCGCCAGCCCCUCUGACUGCUGCAAGCAGUGCCCAGCCCCAGAGAAGAGUGUCCCGGAGCUGGCUGACUCCAUGCAGGCAGAUGCACCGCGGGCGUGCCGCUUUGGGCGCCGCUGGUACCUCAACAACGAGAGCUGGCACCCGUCCGUGCCCCCCUUCGGAGAAAUGAAGUGUAUCCUGUGCUGGUGUGUGCCCCUCUUUCUGCUCCCCAGUCGGGGGAGACGCACUGCCAGCGGCAGGAGUGUCCCCCGUCCGCCUGCGCCAGCCCUGCCACGAGGGACAACCCCUGCUGUGCCAAAUGCCGUGCCCUGGAUGCCCCCUCAGACACACGGGAGAAGGUCCACGAUGCCAAGGUGGAGUCACGGAGCCACUGAGCAGUGACUGCUGCCUAGAGCAGGGCAAGCACACAGCAACGCUGGGGGGCAAGGGGAGCCCCGCUGCUUAUUGCCCCUGCCCGUGCAGGGCAGGGGGCACAGAGGAGCACAGUGGGGUGCACACGGCCAGGCCCCCAGCCUGGGCACCCCAUCUCAGCACGACUGCAAUGCCAGGACUGCCCUACCCACUCGUGCCAGUGGGCAGUGGCCGGGCCCACGGAGGUUGGGGCACCCACUGCCCUGCCACUCCAAGCCCCG